AUGCUUCUGCGUACGAUCGCAUCACGCGCGAUGCCAUUCUACGCGGUUGCCAAAGGACGCCAAGUGGGUAUUUUCGCAACGUGGCCCGAAUGCCAGGCUCAGGUGAAUGGAUUUACCGGUGCUCGAUUCAAAAAGUUUACCACAAAAGCGGAAGCGCAACAGUUCAUUACAACUCACGCAGGUAGCGGUGACAAUACAGGCAGUGUUCUCACUGCAAACAAGCAGCCUUCAACGAACUGGAAGGGUAAACGAAGUGCUUCUAGCAGUUCAACGUUUGCAUCAUGUAGUAAGCAAGCGAAAAAGACCAUUCUGCUCGAGGAGGUACCAGUUCCGGUACGCAAAAAGGUCCAGUACGGAGAGCAUAACUUUUUGCAGGACAACGAUGGAUUUGUGCACGUGUACACGGAUGGAUCGUGUGAGGGCAAUGGGACAGCACAAGCAGCCGCCGGUGUUGGAGUGUACUUUGACGAAGGGCAUGCAUUGAACACAUCCAAACCCGUGAGCGGGCGGGCCACGAACAAUUGCGGCGAAAUACAGGCUGCCUCUUUGGCAAUCCGGAUCGCCCGUGAGCAAGGCAUUCAGCAGCUUCAAAUCAACACCGAUUCAAAGUUUUUGAUCGAUUCUAUCACCAAGUGGAUUUCGGGAUGGAAACAGCGCAACUGGACACUGGCCAGCGGUGGUCCGGUGAAGAACAAGACUGACUUCAUGGAACUUGACCGCGAACUACGUACGGGCGGUAUGAAAAUUAAGUGGAAUCACGUCGAUGCACACUGUGGCAUUCUGGGUAACGAGCGGGCGGAUCAGCUAGCCCGCAAGGGAUCCGAAAUGUAUCGGAACCAACGACGCUAG